GCCUAAGAAACAAACAUACGAUGAUGAUGAGGAGUGCCCUUAGGUUAGCGUUUCGAGUAAACCCAUUUUUGUUAGAACUAAGUUACUUCAUAGUCCUCUCCCUAGUAGGGUUCUUGGCUUUGAAGCUUUCCAAGCCAAGACCCAUCUCGUUUAAGCUCCAAGACUUGGACGUCUUCUUCACCGCCGUCUCCUCCGCCACUGUCUCCAGCAUGUCCACGGUGGAGAUGGAGGUUUUCUCCAACCUCCAGCUUAUUUUCAUGACGUUUUUGAUGUUCCUAGGUGGGGAGUGUUUCACAUCCUGGCUUGGGCUUCAUUUGUUCAAGUCCAAGGUUUCCACCAGAGAACGAGUUUUAGAGAAAAACCCUAAGGUUGAUUCUUUAAGCAGCAACAUCACUACCACCACCACCGCCACUAUUUCUGGUCAAGUUGAGUUAGGUUUGGUCACGAAUAAUUAUAAGUAUUACCAGGACCCGAACCCAGAAGAUGCAAAGUCUAGUGUCCAAAUAGAAAUAGUUGAGAAUAAUUUUGGGUGUGUACGGGUUUUAGCGAGUGUUGUCUUGUCGUAUAUCCUAGUGAUUCAUGUUGUCGGGUCUACCUUAGUGGCCAUGUACAUAGGACUUGUCCCAACUGCAAAACAAGUGUUGAAACGAAAAGGCCUUGAGCUGACAACCUUUGCAGUGUUCACAACGGUUUCCACAUUUUCAAACUGUGGGUUUGUCCCCACAAACGAAAACAUGAUUGCUUUCAACAAAAACCCGGGGCUCCUCCUCAUCCUCAUCCCACAAAUCUUGCUGGGCAACACCCUCUACCCAGUUUGCCUUAGGCUCUCCAUUUGGGUUCUAGAGAGAGCCACGAGGAGACCAGUUUUUAAGCAAAUCUUGGGCAGCCCAAAUGGGUUGGGUUAUGGGCACUUAUUCUCCGGCCGCCGGUCCGGGUUCUUGGCGGCCACGGUUUUUGGGCUCAUAUUUUUGCAGUUGGCGGUGUUUUUGGCGUUGGAGUGGGGCUCGGACUCCAUUGCUGGGCUCACUGGUUAUGAGAAGUUUGUGGGGUCUUUGUUUGUGGUUGUGAAUUCUCGCCACACUGGAGAAUCGAUCCUGGAUCUCUCUGCCCUUGCUCCCGCGGUCUUGGCGUUGUUUGUCGUCAUGAUGUAUCUUCCGCCGGAUACAACAUUUUUUCCCAUUAGGGAUGAAAAUAACAAUUCAAAAACAAAAGGAUGUAGUCCAAAAAAAUUUAGUAUUAUUGAAAAAAUAUUGUUAUCACCGUUGGGCAAUUUAGCCAUCUUCAUAAUCCUCAUCUGCAUCACAGAAAGAGAGAAAAUGAAGGAAGACCCUCUCAACUUCAACGUCCUCAACAUUGUUGUUGAAGUCAUCAGUGCAUAUGGGAACGUGGGGUUUUCCACUGGAUACAGUUGUGCGAGACAAAUAAAAGCUGAGGGCCAAUGCGAAGAUAAACAGUUUGGGUUUGUUGGAAGAUGGAGUAAUAUGGGAAAGUUGAUUCUUAUAAUUGUCAUGUUUUUUGGAAGGCUUAAGAAGUAUCACAUGAAAGGUGGCAAAGCAUGGAAAUUAUCAUAAGUUCUCACACUUAUCAUGUCCAUGUGUAAGCAGUGCGAUCCACAUCCAGUGAUAUGAUGUUACUUGAUCUAUAUGCAUAUGCAUGGAGUUGUUAUACCGUGGCCUAGACCUUAGUCUUAAAUUAUGUAUUUUUAGAUUUUAGUAUGUAUUAGAAUUGUGAUGAACUUCAAGUCUAUAAUAUAAAUUGUGUUUUUAAGUCAAAACA